AUGUCGCAUGCGUCGUCGGCAGGCUUUGGCUCUGGCUUUGGCUCGGGCUCGGGCAUUGGCAAGGUGACUGUGAAGGACAUGCAGGACAAGGCGGCGUUGGAGCUUCUGACGCGUGUGGUGGACGAUGUGCGACGAAUUGUAGAUGAUCAUGGUUGGCGAGUCGGCAUGGUGGGCGAGCUGACGUCAUCGAACCGGCGAUUGCUCGGCCUCAACGUCAACGCCGGCCAGAAGAUCCUCAUCCGCCUCCGCAAUACCCUCCUCGGCCCGCUGUUCCCCUACGACGAUGUGAUGGAGACCAUGCUCCAUGAGCUCGCACACAACGAUGUCGGGCCGCACAACACUGCCUUUUAUGCUCUCCUCGACAAGCUCAGGGGCGAGCUGGCAUCACUCAAGCGGAACGGCUACUCGAGGCCGUUUGCCGGCAGCGGGCGCACGCUCGGCGGUACCUUUCUCAACUGGGACGCGCCGCGCGGGCCGCCGGUUGCCGCCGCGUCCGCGGCUGCUGUUCGCAGAGCCAAGCUUGGCCGCAUCAUGGGCUCGGGCGUUCUCGGUUCGGCGUCGACGGCUCGUGUCGGUAAGAAGCUCACUCCGCGCGAGCUGCGCGCCCGCGCCGCCGAGCAGCGGCUACGUGAUCAGGUCUGGUGCGCGUCGCGCGGCGAUCUUGACGAGGCUACCGCUGCUGCUGAGGUCGCUGUUGACGCCGCCACUGUUGACACCGCUGCUGCCGCAGAGGCAGAUGUCGAGACGCCAGACGUCAUUUGCAAGUGCUGCACUCUAGUCAACGAGCCGCAGUUUCUCUGCUGCGAUGCAUGUGGGAGCACUCGUUCCGGGCACUCGUCGACAGAUCCACCCCCGCCGCCACCAUCUCUCCUUGCCUCGUCGCCGCCACCGUCGGCACCGUCGACAGCCCUACCUCGGCGCAAGCGCUCACUGUCAACGAGCGCGCCACAGCCGAGCUACACCACGGCGAGUGGUUCCAAGCGAGCCCGCUCGCUUACUCACUCGCGCAACACAUCCUCGUUCUGGACAUGCCCGGCAUGUACCCAGAUCAACGAGGUCACCGGUUCAGCCGUCUGCCACGUCUCCCUCCUCACUGGCUUUUCCAAAGACAUCUCGGCCGUGCCCAAGGGCUGGACCGCCAACUUAGUCGAGUUUGACUCUGUCAUCAACCAGUCGCGGGUGACGGUGGCGCCCUACUCGCCCGAUAGGUGCGCCAAUUGGGUCUUGUGA